CUCCACCUAAUCUGUUUCAACGCCUUGGAUUCCCCUAGAUUCAAGCAUUCCGCUAGAUUCAAGCAUUCUCUCGUUUUCAUAGUAUCAAUUUGUAUUUAAUCACAGGAGAAAAACCCAGUUGAUAUUUGUCUAAAUUUCUAUGGCAGUUGAAUCCAAAUGGGUGCGAAGAUAUUUCCCGGAGGGUAAUGGAGAUUUAGGGUUUUCUGAUUAAGUCAGGUGAUGGAGGCUUGGUGAUUAUCACUAAGAUGGGAAAUUCAUUUGGGUGCUCGGGUUCUGGUGAGCGCCUCGUUUCAGCUGCAAGAGAUGGGGAUCUGGUUGAAGCUCGAAUGCUCUUGGAGUUCAAUCCAUGCCUCGCAAAAUACUCGACUUUUGGUGGGCUUAAUUCACCUCUUCAUUUUGCUGCUGCGAAAGGCCACAAUGAGAUCGUUACGUUGUUGCUGGAACAUGGUGCAGAUGUCAACUCUAGGAAUUAUUGUGGUCAGACAGCAUUGAUGCAUGCAUGCCGAUAUGGGCAUUGGGAGGUGGUUCAAACCCUUCUACUCUACAGAGCCAAUGUUACAAGAGCAGACUACCUGAGUGGUAGGACAGCUUUGCAUUUUGCAGCUGUAAAUGGUCAUGUACGGUGCAUUAGACUUGUAGUUGCAGAUUUUAUCCCAAGUGCUCCUUAUGAGUCCACUUCCUCGACCAAUGAUGAUCAAUGCGAUAGAUCUUCUUUGAGGAGCAGAUAUGACCAAUAUGCUCUAUCCAAGUUUGUGAACAAGGCAGCCGAUGGUGGCAUAACAGCUCUUCAUAUGGCUGCAUUGAAUGGACAUUCUGAUUGUGUACAGUUGCUGCUCGAUAUUCAUGCAAAUGUUUCUUCUGUGACUUUCCACUAUGGCGCAUCUAUGGAUUUGAUAGGAGCUGGAAGUACUCCUUUGCAUUAUGCUGCAUGUGGAGGAAAUCUGAAAUGUUGCCAGAUCCUUCUUUCAAGACGUGCUAGCCGGUUGACAUUGAACUGCAAUGGGUGGCUACCUCUUGAUGUUGCUAGAAUAUGGGGUCGUCAUUGCCUGGAGCCAUUGUUGGCACCAAUUUCUGACUUGACCUUGCCCACUUUCCCACCAUCCAACUUUCUAUCGUUGCCUCUAAUGAGCAUACUCAAUAUAGCCAGAGAAUGUGGGUUGCAGUCAACGAGUGCCUCCUCUGAUGAUGGCGAUCUUUGUGCUGUCUGCCUGGAGAGAGUUUGUACAGUUGCUGCAGAUGGUUGUGGACAUGGGAUUUGCAUCAGAUGUGCCCUCUAUCUUUGCUCCACCAACAAUAAUACCUUCGAUGUAGUGGGUCCACCUGGCUCCAUACCCUGUCCUCUCUGCCGUAAUGGAAUCGUCGCCUUCUCGAGACUUCCUGGCUUCCCAGGAAAAGACCUCAAACUAAACCUCUCUCUAGGGCUUUGUACGCCAUGUAUGCUCCACUCUUGUGACCCUGAGCCACCUUCAACACUGGCUUCUUCUAAACCCGAAUAUCGAAAGAACAGGGUUGCCUCGGUUUCCUCAGAGCUCUUUUGUUCGGUUUCUUGUAGCCCUUUCCCGUCAGUUGCCAUUCCUUCAUGCACUUGUAAUGAUGACCCUUGUCCUUCUUUGGAAACUGAUGAGAGAGAAAAUCAAGAGAGAGAAACACAAGACCGGACAUCAGAGACUCAAGGAAAUGCUUCUUUGGCAGAGGAGGAGAAGAUGGAAGGGGCGUGGAUAGAGAAAACGAGCUGUUCAAAGAUGUUUUGGAAUAGAAGAAGCUGUCACAGAGAGCAUCAGUGCACAUCGGAGAUAAAUGCUUGACUGGUUUGAAGGAGAGAGCUGCUAAUUCAAUAUGGUGUUGCUGGUUGAAAGGAACUAGGAACUAGGAUACGUUGUUGGGUUUUUACCUGUUUCCAUUUUUUCUCGUUUUCUUUCCCUUCACAGAUGAAGAAAGUAGGCAGGACUCCAACCCAUGUUCCAGUGGUUUCAAGUCACCACGGUUUCGCCACCUUCGGAUUAUUUAACAGAAAUAUGACACACAGGAUAGGAAUCUCUCUCUCUCUCUCUCUCUCUCUCAAUUUGUGUUAAUUGAGGAGUGCCGGCACUCACCGCUUGAUGUACAGACUUGGUGUUGUAAGAGUAAUUCUCCACGAGUAAAUUUGAGGAAUCGGAUCAAAAUGUUUUGAGUAGGCU